AACAAAGCUGCCAAAUAAGGAGAAUCAGCAUGACAAAAAGUGGCCAGUUCGAGCUCCAUGACGAGACCGGAAUGAAGAAGACGAAGGGCUACUUCUGUUCGACGUUACACCUCAUCGUCCUGGCAAUCGUGGUCGUAAUCCUGCUCAUCGUCGUCGGAUGUAUGGCUUACUUCCUGCCUGACCGGCCGUGCAAGCCGCCGACAUCGAAUGGUGUCGUAGGGGAGCCGACAAAAUCAACGGCCCCCGAAGAGGAAUGGAACGGUCGUCUGCCGCGCAACCUGAUCCCCAGAAUCUACCACAUCUACCUCAAGCCCUACCUGCUUGAAGAAGACGUAGGGCCAGAUACUCGUCUCUUCACUUUCGACGGUCAGGUCAAGAUAAACAUGACCUGUGACGUGGCCACCGACGUCAUCACACUCCACAGUAAGAAUAUCACCAUCCUAUCCUACGAACUCGUGGACGACGUCGGAAAUGCGGUAACGGUCGCCGACGUAACCUACGAAGACAGAUAUGACUUCGUCCAUUUCCAUCUUGACAUGAUGCUGGAGGAAGGCAGGAGCUACGAACUGGUGGUUGACUAUCUCGGAGAGCUGUUGGAGGGUAACACAGGUUUUUACCGCAAUAGCUACGAAGAAAGAGGGGAAACGAAGUGGUAUGCCGCGAGCCAGAUGGAGGCAACGCACGCGCGCAACGCCCUGCCGUGUUUUGACGAACCGGAUCUGAAAGCCGUCUUCCAUACCCAGAUCGAGCACCGCGCCGACAUGGUCGCCCUCACCAACGGCAUCGAGGAAACCGAGGUCGAGACUCAGGAUGGGUGGGUCAAGACCGCGUACAGGGCCACACCCGUGAUGUCGAACUAUCUCCUCGCUUUCGUCGUCGGUUAUUUCAACUACACGGAGCAAUAUUCGGAUAGAGGAGUUCGGUACCGGGUUUGGUCACGACCAGAGAAAAUAGAAGCAACAAGAUAUGGUUUGGAUAUUGGAGUCAAUAUGACGACAUACUUCGAGUCAUAUUUCAAUAUUUCCUUUGAUCUCCCAAAGCAAGACAUGAUCGCCACGUCUGUUGGAGGUGCCAUGGAGAACUGGGGCCUCAUCAUCUAUGUCGAGAGUUAUCUCCUCUUUGACAGUAAGAUCGACUCGGCUGAAGACAAGCAACGGGUUACCACUGUCGUCGCUCAUGAACUCGCACACCAGUGGACUGGUAACCUGGUCACUUGUGCUUGGUGGAACGAUAUUUGGCUCAACGAGGGAAUCACCACCUACCUAUCAGACCUCGGCAUCGACUCCGCUAAGCCGACCUGGAGAAUACAUGAACAGUUUCCCAUCGUGUAUGAGACGGUCUUCAAGACUGAUGCCCGUGUGACGUCACGUCCGGUCCGGCCGCCACCUGUCGACACCCCGGAUGAAAUCAGUGAACUCUUUGAAGACAUAUCUUACUACAAGGGAGCUCAAAUUACCCGGAUGUUGAGGAACAUGCUCGGCGAAGAAGUAUUCAUGAGCGGUAUUCGCCAUUACCUGAAUAGACACAAAAUGGACGUCGUAGUCACUGAUAACCUUUGGGCAGCUUUCACCGAGGUCGAUAAGGGCAUCGGUGACAACGACGUCAAGAAGAUCAUGGACACGUGGACGCUCCAGAUGGGUUUCCCCGUGGUCGAUCUCCAGCGCAUCAACGACCACCAAGUAAAUGCUUCACAGGAACGCUUCCUAGUCGAUCACGACGCCGACGCAGAAGACAAAUACGGCGAUCUGGGAUACCUCUGGUAUAUCUACCUAACCUAUACACAGAAGACAGAUGCCAAUUUCGAAAUGCCGCUUUCUACAUGGAUCCAAAAAGAACCGUGGGCUCUGGUCGAGUUGUCACCCUCCAUGGGGAACGAGGAUUGGUACCUGGCGAACGUUAAGCAGUCCGGAUUCUUCCGCGUUGACUACGAUGACGAAAAUUGGGCUCGACUCGGUAAACAGUUGGUUGAUGACCACACGGUGUUGCCAGUAGAGUCUCGCGCUCAGCUCAUCAACGAUGCAUUUACUCUGGCUAAGGUUGGGCGACUUGAUUACCCCCUAGCCUUUGAUCUGACCCUCUACAUGGUGAAUGAACUUGACUAUGUACCAUGGGAGGCGGUCCUUGGGUUUUUGUCCCACAUCAGAGAUAUGUUCGGGACGUAUUCUGGUUACGGGCAUUUAGAGAGCUACAUGCACCAACAGGUCCAGACAUUGUACACUGCAGUCGGAUGGGACGACGACCCGGAAACAGACCCUCAUCUUGAACAAUUAAAUAGGAUCAACACCAUUGAAACAUCAUGUAAAUAUAGCAACCAAGAUUGUCUCGACAAAGCGUCCGCCCUCUACCGCCAGUAUAUGGAGCAUGAUGCUAAUAACACCGAGAAUAAAGCAGAUUAUGAUAUCAAUCCCAUAACUCCUAAUCUUAAGAAGACGGUUUAUUGCUAUGGAAUCCAAGAAGGAGGGCAGAAGGAGUGGAACUUCGGCUGGAAGAAGUUUACCGAGGAUAAAACCAAGCAUUCGAUUUGGCUCAAAGCUCUUUCCUGCUCCAAAAGACCCUGGAUACUCAACAGAUUUCUGUAUUACUCUCUCAAUACAACACACCUAGCAAAGCGAGAUUCGUCUGUCAUCAUCAAGUACGUGUCUCAGAACGCCGUCGGUCGGGCACUCGCUUGGAAUUUUGUACGGAAUGAGUGGGACGACCUGAAGGAAUAUUACGGCGGUGACGAACUUUCUAAGAACACGGAUCUACAGAACAUGAUAUCCGAUGUUACGGCAAACUUCAACACACCGCUUGAACUUCAAGAUCUUCUUGCAUUCGGCGAAGACAGGGACUUUGGAUCAGCGAAGAGUAAAUACGCGAAGGCGAUAAAAAAGAUACAAACAAAUAUUGCAUGGAUAGAGAAUUACGCAAAGACAAUUUCACAGUGGUUGGAAGGAGCCGUCCCUAAUGAUGGGGAGUAAAAAAAAAAGGGGGGCACCCCAAUCUUUGGCGUAUCCAACAGAGGAUUAUGCAGGCGGACGCCCUCUCUGGAAAAUAAGCCAGUACAUAAUUAUUAAAGCGUGUCUACCUUGAACGGGGGCUACCUAUUAAAGUAUACCUCACUCCCCUCCAGCAGUCGACUUCUAGAUACGCUUCUGCAAGUCGUCGAACCUCACAAUGUCAUCGCCAUCAUCAUGGCCACCGUCCAGUUGUA